ACUCCCGAGCUAGAGGAACAAAACCACAUGGCACCGACUUUCUACCACUAUACUCCGGUGCCCAUGGAGAAGACGUGGGAGGAGCAGGGACCGGGCAUCCGCCGGCGGUGGCUGGUGGCCGCGGUCCUGAUGUUCCUGAUCAGUGUGGUCUUGGCCAUCCCGCUCAUCUACUUCGCCGUCAGGACAAACAGCGAGGCCUGCAGGGACGGGCUGCGGGUUUGGGAUGAGUGCCGCAACACCACGCACUUUCUACAGCGCCAGCUCACCCGUGCCCAGGAGAACCUGCUGCAGGCAGAGACGCAGGCAAACACCUGCAACCUGACCGUGGUGACCCUUCAGGAUUCCCUGGAGAAGAAGGAGUCCCAGGUCCUGGAGCAGCAGGCCCACAUCCAGGAGCUUGAGAGCAAAAUCAUGAAGCUGAACCAGGAACUGGAGACAUUGAGGACCAAGGAGGAAGCUUCUAGCACAGCACAGAACUCUGCCAGCUCCGUGGUGGUCUCCAGCCUUUUGACGUUCGUAGUGCCAAUGUUCCUGCUUUUCUGAGGACCCAAUAGCUGGUAGGCCACAGCCUGUUUUGACGAAGAUGCGGUUGCAGCUGUUUGAGGUCGUUGGGAGUCCUGGUGGCUCUGGAGGUCAUGGCAGCCCCGGGGAUGUAGAAGCCACUGACUGGAGCCUAGAUUGCACCUCUCUCCCUCCUUCCUUACGACUGGGGAGAGUGGAAGGGGCACCUCCAUUUUUGCUUUUAUGGUUAUUGGAGCAGGGGUUCACUUAUUUCUGACGUCUUUAAGCUUUGAAAAAUAAAGUAAUUUGUA